AUGAUGACGCCUCUCACUGACGAUGUCGACUACGAUGCCGGCGAAACAUUUGGGAAUGUACCCAACCAAUGGUCCAAUGGUGUAAAUCACGAAUACUAUGGCAGAGGACAGGUGACUAUGUACGUCCCACAAGGUCUGCCUGACGCUCCGACCAGGUUGCGAAAACAAGAUCGAACCCUCACUAUAAAGCUAAAAGAGACUGCGACCAAAAAGAAGGAUACACCAUCUUGGUCUUCAUAA